AAAAUAUAAAAAAGUAACAGAGAGAAUCCCAAAAGGAGAAGGAGAGAGAGAGAGAGAGAGAGAGAGGGGAAAACAGCUCUAGAGAGAGAAAAAGUAAACUCCCAAACCUCGACGCAUCUCAUCUCAAUUCUCAACUGAGAGAACAAGUUUCGUCUCUCCUUACUUCCAAGGAGAGAGAGAGAGAGACCGCGCCAUGGAUUCGCAGAUCUAUGGCCUCUUCCUUUUCAUACUCCUCUUCACUUCCUCCGCCGCCGCCGCAUUGUCCUCCAACCGCCACCCGACCCCGAAGCACAAGACGCCGUCGUCCUCGCAGCCGCCGACGAACAACUCGACGCCAGUCAACUCCAACUCGGUCCUGGUCGCCCUCCUGGACUCGCAUUACACCGAGCUCGCCGAGUUCGUCGAGAAGGCCCUCCUACUGCAGACCCUCGAGGCCGCCGUCGCCCGCCACAACAUCACCAUCUUCGCCCCCAAGAACGAGGCCCUCGAGCGCGACCUUGACCCCGAGUUCAAGCGCUUCCUCCUCGAGCCCGGCAACAUCAAAUCCCUCCAGUCCCUCCUCCUCUUCCACAUCUUCCCCACCCGCCUCGCCUCCCACCAGUUGAACGGAGUUUUGCCUCACGAAUGCAAGACCCUCUUCAACGACGAGCACGUCGAUCCCCUCGACAUGCCCAAGGUCGUCCGCCCGGACGACGUGGUCCGUCCCGACGGCGUCAUCCACGGCAUCGAACGCCUCCUGAUCCCCAGAUCCGUGCAGGAGGACUUCAACCGGAGGAGGAACCUCCGUUCCAUCUCCGCCGUCUUCCCCGAAUCCUCUCCGGUCGUAGAUCCCCGCACCAACCGGUUGAAAAAAGCCGCCCCGGUUCCCGCCGGUUCUCCUCCGGUCCUCCCAAUUUACGACGCUAUGGCGCCGGGGCCGUCCCUGGCGCCGGCGCCCGCCCCGGGCCCGGGCGGGCCCCAUGGCCACUUCGACGGGGAGAGCCAGGUUAAAGACUUCAUUCAGACCCUGCUGCACUACGGCGGGUACAACGAACUGGCCGACAUUCUGGUCAAUUUAACGUCGCUGGCGACGGAGAUGGGGAAGCUGGUUUCGGAAGGGUACGUCUUGACGGUGCUGGCGCCGAACGACGAGGCGAUGGCGAAGCUGACGACGGACCAGCUGAGCGAGCCGGGGGCGCCGGAGCAGAUCAUCUACUACCACUUAAUUCCGGAGUACCAGACGGAGGAGAGCAUGUACAAUGCGGUGAGGAGGUUCGGGAAGGUGAACUACGACACGCUGAGGGUGCCGUUCAAGGUUGUGGCGGAGGAGGCGGACGGGUCGGUGAAGUUCGGGGAAGGCGACGCGGUGGCGUAUCUGUUCGACCCGGAUAUCUAUACGGACGGGAGGAUCUCGGUGCAGGGGAUUGACGGGGUGCUCUUUCCGGUGGAGGUGCCAUCGACGCCAGUGACGAAGGCCGCGCCGGUGGCUAAGGCCGUUGCCCCUCAGCGGAGAGGGAAGUUGAUGGAAGUAACUUGCGGAGUUCUCUGGGCUAUCGGACAGGAUUCCCAUCUCACCGCGUGCCAAUGAUUUUUUUGUUCUCUUCAUUAGUUUCUUGAAAAUCCCCAAAGAAAGAAGAAUGAAACUCGACAUUUCGUAAAAAAGGGUACGGGUACAUAAACGUAUUUCUUCGCAAUCUUCAUUCGUAAUUCGGUUUAGGUGCGUUGUGUCCUAACCGAAUUUUUUUUUUUUCUUUUCUUUUCUCAGUUCAAUAUUGACGGGAUCUGCUAUUCCACUGGCCAUAGAUUGGAGUGAACAGAAGGGCUUUUGUUUGUUACUCCUAUUUUGUUAAUAAGUGCUGUAAUUACAUAUCAUUUUUUCAUGUAUUUACCGGUUUCGCCGACACUCUAUGCAAACACGAAUUAUAUGUGAAGAAUAUACUUCCCCUUUCAAUCA